UGCCACCCUUGCUCCGAGGUCCCUGCGCCAGAGACGCACCCCGCUCCCACUGCACCCUCGUCCGCAUCUCCUCCCGGAGUCCGUCCGAGCCACCGCCGUCUGCAGCCAUGUCCACCAGGUCUUCCUCCUCCUCCUACCGCCGGAUAUUCGGCGGCCCCGGGACGGCGAGCCGCCCCAGCUCCAACCGGAGCUACGUGACCACGUCCACCCGCACCUACAGCCUGGGCAGCGCGCUGCGCCCCAGCACCAGCCGCAGCCUCUAUGCCUCGUCCCCCGGCGGCGUGUAUGCCACGCGCUCCUCGGCCGUGCGCCUGCGGAGCAGCGUGCCCGGGGUGCGCCUGCUGCAGGACUCCGUGGACUUCUCGCUGGCUGACGCCAUCAACACCGAGUUCAAGAACACCCGCACCAACGAGAAAGUGGAGCUGCAGGAGCUCAACGACCGCUUCGCCAACUACAUCGACAAGGUGCGUUUCCUGGAGCAGCAGAACAAGAUCCUGCUGGCCGAGCUGGAGCAGCUCAAGGGCCAGGGCAAGUCGCGCCUGGGGGACCUCUACGAGGAGGAGAUGCGCGAGCUGCGCCGGCAGGUGGACCAGCUCACCAACGACAAGGCUCGCGUCGAGGUGGAGCGCGACAAUCCCCUGGAGCUGUUCACAUGCGCUGCUUUCAGGUUGCAGGAGGAGAUGCUGCAGAGAGAGGACGCCGAGAGCAGCCUGCAGUCUUUCCGACAGGAUGUCGACAACGCUUCUCUGGCCCGUCUUGACCUUGAACGGAAAGUCGAGUCCUUGCAAGAAGAGAUUGUCUUUUUGAAGAAACUGCAUGAGGAGGAAAUCCAGGAGCUGCAGGCCCAGAUUCAAGAACAGCAUGUCCAAAUCGACGUGGACGUUUCUAAGCCUGACCUCACGGCUGCCCUGCGCGACGUCCGUCAGCAGUAUGAAAGUGUGGCUGCCAAGAACCUUCAGGAAGCUGAAGAAUGGUACAAGUCUAAGUUUGCUGAUCUCUCCGAGGCCGCCAACAGGAACAACGAUGCCCUGCGCCAGGCAAAGCAGGAGUCUAAUGAGUACCGGAGACAGGUCCAGUCCCUUACCUGUGAAGUGGAUGCCCUUAAAGGAACUAAUGAAUCUCUGGAGCGCCAGAUGCGUGAAAUGGAGGAGAACUUUGCUCUUGAAGCUGCUAACUACCAAGACACUAUUGGCCGUCUGCAGGAUGAGAUUCAGAACAUGAAGGAAGAAAUGGCUCGUCACCUGCGUGAAUACCAAGACCUGCUGAAUGUCAAGAUGGCCCUUGACAUUGAGAUUGCCACCUACAGGAAGCUGCUGGAAGGCGAGGAGAGCAGGAUCGCACUGCCUCUGCCAACCUUUUCUUCCCUGAAUCUGAGAGAAACCAAUCUGGAGUCGCUCCCUCUGGUCGACACCCACUCAAAGAGAACUCUCCUGAUCAAGACCGUGGAGACCAGAGACGGACAGGUUAUCAAUGAGACUUCUCAGCAUCAUGAUGACCUUGAGUGAAUCUUGCGUGCACUCGGUGUGGCAAUUUCUUACCAGCAAGAAUACAAAACAAGAUCCAUAUCUUAAAGGAACAGCUUUCCAAGUGCCUUUCUGCAGUGUUUCUUCAGGAGCGCAAGAUAGAUUUGGAAUAGGAAUAAGCUCUAGUGCUUAAGAACCAACCUAAAACCAUUAGAAAAAAAAAAAGUUUACAACUUAAUCUAGUUUACAAAGAAGUCUUGUGCUAGAAUACUUUUUUAAAGUAUUUUUUGAAUACCAUUAAAACUGCUUUUUUUCCCAGUAAGUAUCUGACCAACUUGUUUCUGCUUCAAUAAAUUUUUGGAAAAACUUU